AUGGGACUAGUCUAUACGCCGGAUUAUGCGGCUGCAGGCCUGACUCUGUUAAUCGCCGUGCUCUCCUUUCCGUCUCUUCAGAAACUUGUAAAAAGUCGUGUCCAUCCCCAACAGCGACGACAAGAUGGGCGCAUAUACGAGGAUGAAGACGGAGUGGCAAGUGAAGACUCAAUAGCCCGCUUCUCCAACAAGGUCCAGUUCAUCGCCAUAUUCGUGAUCAACGUAUCGGCAAUCAUACUCGCAGGCGCAGAUGCCAUUUUCACUGCUGUCCAGCAUGGAUUUACAUUUUCUGGCUCGGACGUGCCUCUCCUGGGCAUAUCUCUGCUGGUCCCAGCAUGGAUACUCCUGCUUUUGCAACUUUUGGUUGCGUCUCGAGAAUUGGCACCAGUCGAAAGAUUCAACAGCGUAACAUCAACCCAAUGGACAGGCAUCUGGAUCGUGUGUAUAGCUUCGUUGGACCUUCAUGCCCUCAAUGGCCUCAGCUCUCGCAACAAUGGAGGACUCCUCACCACCUCCAUCUUGACGGCAUCUCAAAUUGGUGCGGCAAUAGCACUCAUGGCAACCAUCUGGACCAUCCAGAGACGUCCAGACGUCUUCCGCCCCGACGGAAGAGUCGUCGACUCCCAAAAGACACUCAGUCUCUGGGCAAGAUACAGCUUCGAAUGGGGCCUUGGCAUGCUCCGGGCAGCAGGCACCGAAAAGUUUGAAAACUCGGACAUGCCAGCAAUGGACCACAUUGUCAGGGCGGAAAACGCAACGGCAAGCUUCAAGGACAUCAUCUUCAAGCCCGACAGGCUCCCGCUAUGGGCACACAUUACCUGGAAGUACCGCUGGCAGUUCCUCUUCCAAUGGAGCGCUACUCUCUUCACAAACUUCUUCGAUGUUGCGCCCGCGUUUGCUAACCUGCAGCUGCUUCGGUACCUCGAGACCCGCGAUAACUUGGACGUCAUUGAUCCCGUUGCUUGGAUAUACGUUGCUGCCAUUGUCAUUGCCACCAUCAGCUCGCGUAUGGUCGACUCCAGAGUCAUGUGGUCCGAGAUGGCUGACAUUGUCAUUCCUUUGCGAUCGACUUUGACCGGGCUCAUGUACGAAAAGCUGAUGAGGAUGGAAGAUUCGCUUCAUAUCCCCAAGGAUGAGAAGGAUGAAAAGACGUCAGAUGCAGAUGCUGCAGGCUCUGAGGAUGGCGACGAGCAGGAUAAGCAGCCGAAUAUGAGGUCUCAACAGGACAUCGUCAACAUGUUCUCCGUCGACUGCGACGCAAUCGCCAGGUUCGGCUCCCAAAGCGGACAAUACAUCAACUGCGCAGGCCAAUUUGCCAUCAUCGUCAUCUUCCUGCUGCAUCUCGUCGGCUGGCAAAGCCUCUGCGCUGGAAUGCUAGGAAUCCUCGUCCUCUUUCCCAUCAACAGAGCUCUCGCGGCGCGAUACGGCGCCAACCAGAAGAUCUUGAUGAAGCUUCGCGACAAACGAUCCGCCAUCAUCACGGAAGCUCUGCACGGCAUCAGACAGAUCAAGUUUUCCGCAAUCGAGUCGCAGUGGACGGACAAGAUUGAGCAGGUCCGUGAGCGGGAGCUGGCCAUGCUCUGGAAGACUAGAAUCAACAACUUCUACAUGGCCAUCGCUUCCGAGUUUACACCCAUUGUGCUGACGGCACUAUCCCUCGCCACGUACUCGUACAUCAACGGGACGCUUUUGCCUUCGGUUGCUUUUACGGCGAUUACCUUGUUCAUGAUCCUCGAGGGAAUCGUGGAACAUAUCCCGCUGCUGCUGGUUACGGCCAUCAAUGCCAAAGUCAGCUGUGACAGAAUCGACAGGUUUUUCCGCAACCCUGACAAAAAGGACAAUAUUCACCCCGGCACUGCCGUAUCCUUUCACGAUGCGACCAUCACUUUCCCGAAUGGCUCCGAAGAUUCGGCGGAGGACCGGUUUGCCUUGCGAAAGCUCAACCUCGAGUUUCCCAACAACGCCCUCAGUGUUAUUUCUGGGCCAACGGGAUCGGGAAAAUCACUUCUCCUUGCAUCCAUCCUCGGCGAAGCAGAAGUGCUAGCCGGCUACAUUCAAGUCCCCAAAGCUCCUCCGCCGGAAGAACGAUACGACAGCAAAGCCACCGCCGCGAACUGGAUCCUUCCCACUGCCGUCUGCUUCGUCUCCCAGAUCCCAUGGAUCGAGAACGCUACAAUCAAGAACAAUGUCCUCUUUGGCCUCCCCUUCGACCCCGUCCGAUACGACAAAGUCCUCCAAGCCUGUGCUCUAUCACAGGAUCUCUCUCUCUUCGAGGACGGCGACGAAACCGAGGUCGGAGCGCAAGGAGUCACCCUCAGCGGCGGACAGAAAUGGAGGCUGACUCUCGCCCGAGCCUUAUACUCCAGAGCAGGCAUCAUGGUCAUCGAUGAUGUCUUUAGUGCUCUUGACGCUCACGUCGGUAAGCAUGUCUUUGCAAAUGCGCUUCUCGGGGAGCUUGGCAAGGGUAGAACUCGGAUCCUGGUCACCCACCACACUUCGCUAUGUCUUCCGCGUGCGGAUUACGCGGUGCAUCUUUCAGCCACCGGGCUUGUGGAACAUGCAGGCUCAGUGGAGGAGCUGCGACGCACCGGAGUCUUGGAACAUAUCAUCGAAGCGGAUGAUGUCGAGGAAGUGCAGAGAGAUGCCGAUGCGGACCCAAAACGACCCAAUGGUUUGAUCACCAGCCCGUCUCAGAAUGGCGUACCAGAAGCUGCGAAAACACCAAAGAAGCUGGUGGAAGACGAGAAGAGGGAGGUUGGAAGGGUCAAGACGUCCGUCUACGUAGGGUACCUCAAGGCUUUCAGCGGGUUGCCUUUCUGGGUCUUCCUCAUCCUCCUUUUUGCCAUCGCCCAAGGUCUCACUCUCGGUCGCACAUACUGGAUCAAGGUCUGGUCCAGUUCAAGCGAACACGUCGACGGCAGCUUUUCCGCUCCGGUGUACCAGUACAGGCAGUACCAAUACAGGCAGUCGUUGCAGGCGCAGCUCUUGGGCCGGCCAACGACCUAUGCCAGCUCGAAGAAUGUUUCCAUUGGCCUUCAGUCAGAAGACCAAGCCGGAAACCUCUGGUUCUACCUCGGAGUAUACUGUCUGAUAUCGACAGUAUCAGUCCUGAUAUCCGUCAGUCGUCUCUACUGCGUUUACGCCGGCUCACUCCGAGCCUCGCGACGCAUCUUCCAGGGGAUAUUGCGCAGCGUGCUUCGCGCGCCGCUCCGAUGGCUCGACACUGUGCCGACGGGCAGAAUCUUGAAUCGUUUCACGGGAGACUUUACCAGCAUGGACUCUUCGCUGGCUACAAACUUUUACUACUUUGCUACCGUGACGUGGGAAAUGUUUGGUAUUAUGGUGGCAGCUCUUUGGGUCUCGCCGUUCAUGAUCUUCAUCGCCAUCAUCCUCCUCGUGGCAUGUGGCCACUACGCUCGACGAUACAUGGUCGCAGCCCGAACCAUCAAGCGCCUCGAGUCGACCAACAAAUCCCCCGUCAUAUCGCAUUUUGCCUCCUCCCUCGCCGGUCUUUCCACCAUCCGAGCAUUCGCCAAGGCCCCCGAGUUUACACGCAGAAUGUUCCUCCUCAUCGACGACUGGGCAGCUUGUAGCUGGUACAUCACCGCCUUCAGAAUGUGGUUGAUGCUCCGCAUAGGCGUUACGGCGUCCAUGUUUGCUGCUGUUGUUGGCAUUUUCGUUGUCACUACGCCUAGGAUUGAUGCUAGUCUGGCUGGCUUCGUUUUGUCGUUUGCGCUCAACUUUGGACAUGCUAUCAAUUGGGGCAUUUCCGCGUCUACGCAGACGGAGUUGGAUAUGAAUGCGACGGAAAGAAUCUUUGAGUAUCAGGAUCUGGAGAUUGAGAAGCAGGAUGGUGAAGAUGUGCGUGCGAGCUGGCCUGAGGAGGGCAGGAUUGAAGUUGAGGAUCUCGAGGUUGGGUAUGCCGAGGGCUUGCCUUCGAUCUUGAAAGGACUGAGCUUUACUGCUGAGCGCAAUCAGAGGAUUGGCAUCGUCGGUCGAACAGGUGGAGGCAAAUCGACCUUUUCGCUGGCCCUCUUCCGCUUCCUUCAGACUCGCUCAGGCAGCAUCACGAUUGACGGCGUCGACAUCUCCAAGAUCAAGCUCCACGACCUGCGCACCCGCCUCGCCAUUAUCCCGCAAGAUCCAUUCCUCUUUUCCGGAACCAUCCGCACAAACCUCGACCCCUUCAACCAGUUCAGCGACUACGAGCUUCAGAAAGCGCUGAUCCGGGUCCAUCUCGUCCCCUCAACCCCCGGCACACCUGUUCCCGAAGCAAUCCUCGAUGAAGCAUCUUCUACAACCAUCACCGAGAACGGCUCAGACACAAACUCUUCCUUGACGCUCUCAUCCCCGGUCGCUUCCGGAGGCUCCAACCUUUCUCAGGGCCAGAAGCAGCUUCUCUGCCUUGCGCGCGCAAUAUUGUCCCGUCCAAAGAUUCUGUUGCUAGAUGAGGCGACUUCAGCUGUGGAUAUGGCAACAGACAGAUUGAUACAGCAGUCGAUUCGUCAGGAAUUUUCGGAUUCGACGCUGUUGGUUAUAGCGCACCGGUUGAGCACCGUGGUGGAUUUUGAUAGGAUCUUGGUCAUCAAGGAGGGUAAGACGGCGGAGUUUGGGACGCCGAAGGAGUUGCUUGAGAUUGAGAAUGGGUUGUUUAGGGAAAUGGUUUCGCAGAGUGGUGAGAAGGAGGAGUUGGUGAAGUUGAUUUCAGAAACAUAGACUUUUGGAU